UGCUUUUUCUCCAUGCACUGAUGAACUUAUGGCCUAAGAUCAACCUUUUCAAUGACAGCCAAUAUCAUCAAGAAGUCUAGGGAGGAAGCUGCAGUUUUGGACUGUAAAAUGGAUUUAGGAUUCAAAGACCGUAACAACAGGACACCUACCAAUAACACCUCUGCUACUACAAAGAAUUUUUCUGCCUGGGAAGAUUAUAAGAGUAGUGUUGACGACAUACAGUACUUUCUUAUUGGGCUGUACACACUUAUAAGUCUGGCUGGCUUUAUGGGAAAUCUGCUUAUACUAACAGCUCUACUAAAGCGCAGGCAGAAGACAAUAAUAAACAUUCUCAUUGGUAACUUGGCCUUUUCUGACAUCUUGGUUGUGCUGUUUUGUUCACCUUUCACACUGACAUCCAUCCUGCUUGACCAGUGGAUUUUUGGCACUAUCAUGUGCCAUGUAAUGCCCUUCCUCCAGUGCAUAUCAGUUCUAGUUUCAACUUUGAUGUUAAUAUCUAUUGCUGCAGUCAGGUACCGUAUGGUAAAAUAUCCCCUUUCUAGCAAUUUAACAGCAAAACAAGGCUAUUUCUUAAUAGUGACCAUUUGGGCCAUUGGCUUUGCAAUUUGCUCCCCUCUGCCAGUUUUUCACAAAAUUGUAGACCUCAGCAAAACUCUGAAUUUAGAGGCACUGGAGAACAGGCUCUUGUGUAUUGAGUCAUGGCCUUCUGAUUCCUACAGAAUUGCCUUUACGAUAGCCUUAUUGUUCAUGCAGUAUAUAUUGCCCCUGGUGUGUUUAACAGCUAGUCACACCAGUGUCUGUAGGAGCAUAGGUUCCCGACUGUCAAACAAGGAAAAGAACUUUGAAGAAAAGGAGAUGAUAAACCUAACUCUUCAUCCCUCUAAGAGUACCGGCACACAGGUACAGCCCUCCCGCCGUUCCAGAUGGAGCUGUGCCUUUGGCAGAAAGCACCACAGAAGAUACAGUAAAAAGACUUCAAGUGUGAUGCCAGCUAUUUCAAGACAUCAUCAGGAUACUCAUUCCAGAGACCUCCCAGAAACCUCUGGCACAGAAAAAAGCCAGCUAUCGUCCUCCAGUAAAUUCAUCCCUGGGAUACCUAUUUGUUUUGAGAUGAAACCACAAGAAAACACAGAGAUCCAGGACAUGAUUACAGUAUCCCGAUCCAUCAUCAGAAUUAAGACAAGAUCUAGAAGAGUUUUUUGCAGACUGACAGUGCUAAUCCUAGUUUUUGGGUUCAGUUGGAUGCCUCUUCACCUUUUCCACAUUGUGACGGAUUUCAAUGCCACUCUCAUUUCUAACAGGCAUUUUAAAUUAGUAUAUUGCAUAUGCCAUUUACUGGGUAUGAUGUCCUGCUGCUUGAAUCCCAUCCUCUAUGGGUUCCUCAACAACAGCAUAAAAGCCGAUUUAAUGUCCCUUAUUCCAUGCUGCCAAAUACCAUGAUUUUAUGCGCCCCAAGAUAAAAUGAAUCAAACAAGCUUGGCUUUCAAGCAUACUGAUGUGUAUGGCUGUAAAAGCUAAAUUAGUUUAGUUUAGUUAGUCUGACUUGGUUGUGAUUAGUAGCAUUUCAUGUGAAUGAUAGUUCUACUGCUGCAUGUAUUUCACACACUGGGCAGAAAUAUAUACAUAUACUAUCAUAUUCUGUCACACAUAGGGAAUCAUGCCCAAUGUGCAAAGCCAGAAUAACAUUUUCAUCACCUGAAAUAUUGGCAAUCUUUACUUUGGAAUUACACAGAAUAUAUAAUGAGUGAUAAAUGUAA